CCGCCUUUGCUGUCGGUCCAGCCAACUUGGGACAGCAUGAGGCAUUCAUACAAAGGAGUCACACCGCUGCAACUUUGUAUUUGCUCCAGGAUUUAAAGGUUUAUCCGGACAGAAACACAAACUCCACAUGAACCACGCCGGUUUCUGAAACCUGAAAUGUGGACUCAUCCGAUACUUGCUGUCGCCUAGAAGGACGAGCCCCCAACUUCUAAGAAGGCUUCAUAUUAUCAAUUUCUUUCUUAGGAUCAUUGUACCGGGAUUUAAUUAAAAUGCACGUGCUAUGGACGGGCUGCGUUGUCCUACUUGUUUUUGGCGGAUCUGGACUCGGGAACCCAAACAAAUGCGACGAAGCGCGCAAAGUUUUUCAACUCAGGCAAAUCGGACCAAAUCAUUUAUUGCCUAUAAGUCCCAGACCAGGUUCAGACCUUCAGGUGUGCACAUCCAGGAACCUGACGUGCUGCACCAAAAAGAUGGAGGAGAGGUACCAGGUGGCAGCCCGGAGAGACAUCCAGAACCUCUUACAGAUGUCCAGUUCCAGCCUCAAGUUUCUCAUAUCACGCAACGUGGCUGCUUUUCAAGAGACCUUUGAGGUGCUGUUGAGGCAGGCUGAGAAUCACACUAAUGCCAUCCUCCAGCUGUCUUACCAGAACCUGGCUGAUCAGGCUACAGGCUCAGUGAGGGAACUCUUUACCGACUUCGGUCUCUUCCUGCUGGGCUCUGAACUCAAUGUUGAUGAGUUUGUGCAGCGGUUCUUUGACUCCCUCUUCCCAGUGGUCUACAAUCACCUUAUAAACCCAGGUCUCGGCGACAUAUCAGUGGGCUAUGCUGAGUGUGUGAGGUCGUUACGUCGUGACGUCAGACCUUUUGGUGUGGUGCCAGGCCUCCUCAGUGAUCAGAUUGCCCGCUCUGGGGUCACUGGGAAGCUUCUACUUCAGGCGCUGCACCUCGGCAUUGAGGUCAUCAAUACCACAGACCACUUACAGCUCAGCCGUGAGUGCAGACGGGCCCUACUCAAGAUGCAGUACUGUCCUCAUUGCCAGGGAUUGACCCAUUCCAAGCCCUGCAUGGGUUACUGCCUCAACGUAAUGCGGGGGUGUUUGGCGAGCAUGGCGGAGAUUGACCCCCACUGGAGGGAGUUUGUUAGCUCACUGGAGGGCCUGUCGGCGAGGAUGCACGGAGCACAGGAUUUGGAGCAAGUGCUACAGGGAGUUCACAUGCUGCUUCAUGAUGCUGUCGGACAUGCUCAGAAAAAUGGACCUCGCCUCUCUGCACAGGUUCACGAGCUGUGUGGCCAACCAAGCAGGAAGCCUGUCAGCAUCCAGCACAGCAACAGAGAAUCCAUCCCGCUUAAAGCUCCCAUCAGACUGUCAGGAGACUCACUCGCUAUCAGGAGAAAGGACUUUAUGGACAGUCUGCGUCUCCACCGCACAUUCUACGGUGGCCUGGCGGAUCAGUUGUGUGUGAGUGAGCUUGCAUCGGGUGACGGUCUGUCCUGCUGGAAUGGGACCAACACUGUAAAAAGUUACACACUCCGUGUAGUUGGCAAUGGAAUCCGAGCUCAAAGUGCUAACCCGGAAGUCAAAGUAAAGGAAGCAGACCCUGUCAUAAACCAGAUCAUUGACAAACUCAAACACAUCAAUCAGCUGCUGCAAGGAAAAUCCAUCCCAAAACUGGGAUCACUGGACCAGAUUGAAACAGGAAGUGGAGAUGUCGAGGGACGUUACAGCGGAGACUGCGACGAUGAGGAUGGUUGUUCUGGUUCAGGUGGUGGCGAGGUUAAGAGGAAAGUUUCUAAAGUCUCAAAAUUGAGGCCAGAUGUGACCAGUGAUCACAGACAUCAUCAUUAUCAUCAUCCACCUGCCAAAGAUUCAGAAAUAGAUGGCAGAUCUAACAGCAUCAGACUGAUUGGAGCCAUCUGGAUCCUGGUACUACCUUGUUUACAUAUGCUCCUGGCCUUGUAACAGCUGCCUUUUUUGCAGCAUCAAACUUUGAGACUUGAUUUCAAACUUAUUUAUCCAGAAAGAGAGAGCCAAUGGGAGUUACAAGAAGCAGUAUAUUGAGGAGCUCCACUUCCGCACAUUGCCAGGACAAAGGAGGAACGCUGGCAAACAUGGGGAAAUUACAAGAUUGUAGAUUUUGUGAGAGGGUAUGGGGGUAUGGGGUAUAUGGGGGCUUUACCAAUAUCUCUUUUUUAAUCAGUUUCCUUAUAUUCAUCAACACUAACAAUAACGUAUUUAUGACAGUGUCAAAAUGACUAUGGUGUAAAAAUUGGGUAUUAAAUGAACUGUAUUUCUGCACAUUCAGUAAAUAAUCUUUAGAUAUGUAAGCAUCAAUUUACUACGUAGCACCUUACAUUACAGAUAGCGAUUUUUUUUCUUUUUUCUUUUUGUAAUAACUCUUCUUGAAGCUAAACAAAAAUGCCUGUUGUUCUUAUGCUGUUCUAGGAUCUGUUUUAUGUAUAAAUCAAGACAGAUAUUUCUCUCUUUUUUUUUUUUUCUUUUUUUUUUUCCCAAGUGCUUCUGACUGUAUUUUAAAUCACUGAUAAACCCUAGAGGCAUGUACUGUAUGUUAAAUAUCCUGAUGGUACAAAGGAAAGAAAGAAAACUUAAGAUAUUAGCCUCUUUUAAGUUGUAAUAGAUGCAUUGGUGUCCAAACUCUGUUUAAUGGGUGUAUUUCAUUUGUACCAUUGACCUAUAAUGGUACAGUAGGGAGAAGUGCUGAAAAGAGAGGGAUGGACAGGUGGAGAUGGGGGUGCAAAAGAAUUCAUCCUCCUUUCUUCUUUAGAAAUAGAUUAGUUUUAUCUGGAGUCUAUUAUCAUCUUUCAAACUCAAUCCUCCUCUGCCUUCAUAGAGCUGGAUAGGGCCUGAAAGCUCCAGGAGCCACUGGUGAGGAAGAAUCCAAUUACUUUUACCUGCUAUCUGACUGCAUAAUGCAGGUGUGUUGCUGACAGGAUUCAAUGCAGAUAAAUGUAAAAUGAUUUGUUUCACAUGUGUCUUGCAUGUCUGGUCAGUAACUGAGAGGGCAAAGCACUCGGUAAUGAAAACAGGUUCUUUGUCUAACAAAUGUCUCAUCCCUUUUCUGGCCAAAGUGGCUCCAGUACAAAUUCAAUUCUAAGUUGGUUCUAUAAAGAAAAAAAAAAAUCAGCUACAAACUGCUUUAAUUUUCUACAGUCAGGGAGCUGCCACAGAGCCACAGUUAUUUAGCUUUAAAUGUCUCUUCCAGGACAUAUUUGAAACUUCAUCAUUCCAGUUUCUACACUCAGUCCAAUGCAGGGGGGCGGGUUCUUUUUUUAUUUGUCUCUUCAAGCCACCUGAAAAACACAAAGACGAGGACCCACGCUUUUUGCUACUGUAACAAUCGCGAGGUCGUAUAUUACGUGCUGGCUCAGUCAGGUUACCUGUGAUUCACCAAGAGCCUAUUCAGUCCCCAGCUGAAUAAAAUUCCAGACACAAGGACACAUGCUGCAACAUUAUUUGAAAAGAUGAUACCUUUAUAAAAUAAAUAAACAAGACAAAUAACUAAAAAAACAAACAAACAACGGGAUUUACUUCACCCAGAAAUCCAGUGCAAUCCGAACUAGAUAUUCCUGGCUAAAACACUGCAGCUCUUAUUCACAACAGCCUUGUUGUAAGUUCAAGUUGUAUGGACGUUGUUAUGAGUGAAAAUGGAUAGUUUGGUUACACGACCAAAAAACCCUCAUGAGCACAAGAGAAACGUCUUCUAACUAAGAAACCACUGGAGAAAAUUCAAGUAGCAAGGCAGCACCUGCUGCUGAUUUUGCCUCUGAUAAGGUUAAAUGCAAAUGAAAAAAGACCCCAAAACAACCAGAUAAUCAUCUGAAGUUUGAAUUUACCUUCAAGGAGACAGAUGGUAUUGAAUUACCAAUGUGUGUCAAAUGUAUUGCACUAAGUGGCUGGUUUAAAAAGUAAAAUAAUUUUACUAGUAAAGAAUGUAGAUCCACAAGUGAUUUACCACACAGGGAGUCACUUAUUGCUUCAAGACUUUGUCUUGAAAGUAGUCAGUUUAGUCAGGAAGAGUGUUUUGUAGCACUCUCUAAUUGUCUCUAAUCUCUGUGGUGCUGAGGGAGAAGAACACACUGUGAUACUGUACCAAGCUAGCUGCACUCUUUAGUAAAAAUGUCCGGGUCAAAAAACUUGCAGAUCCUAAUGACACUGAGCUAAACAAUAUUUGCCAGGUCACAAUAAACAUACCAUUCAGCUAUAUGAUGGGCCCUCCUUCAUCACUGUAUUCGUUUAGGGGUCCCCUGCUCUAGUGUAUUCUGAUUUUCUAUACAGCCCGUGAGAAUACAGUUUAUGUAUUCUGAUCAUAGCGUUAGUCUCCUUUAAACUUAAUUUAUCCUCCAUUUAGGUAUGUAAAUAGGUCAAUGUAAAAUGACACUGCUCACAAACUUCACAUUCUCAGAAAAAGAGACAUAAAAAAUGCCGGGGGUCGUGUAGUGUGUAGUGUAUCAUAUGUGGCAUCAUGACAGUAUGGAUACAUAGAAAUGUGUCCACAUUCAAGGCAACUACAAUAUGGUCAAGGGUUUAAUUCACUUUUAAGAAUAUUGUGCCCCAUGGGCCACUUUACUUUGCACUGAUCUUUGACAUUUCCUACUGAAUUUAUAUUGUCUACAUAAAACAACUUUUUCUAUUUUGCCAAAGAUUAAAUAAAGUGUAGUCCUAAAUGUGUGGGAAAAAUACUGUGGCAUUCAGUCCACCUUCAGUAUAGUGGAGAAGAUACAUUUUGUCUUUCUAUUUAGUGUUUGUCCCUUUAUAAAUCAGUAACAUAAUAAAUAUAUAUACAAACAUACUAAAAAAAACUAGCAAUGCAUCACCACCAAGCUCAAAUGGGGAUUUUUUUUCUGUAGUUAAUCUGUGAAUUUACAUUUUCGUACCUGCAUUUACUAGCUUUACUAGAUAUGGGACACUCAGAUCUAAAACAGCUUCCUUCCCAAGAGUUAAACUCUUCCGUCAAAAACGUAAACCUUGUCUACAGGUUGUCUUAUUAACGUGUUUGUGCAAAACUGUAGAGAAAGUGAGGGAGCUGAAUCAUCUCACCAGGAAAUGUUUGAAUGGCUUCGCUUCCCCCACAAGAGAAGGGAGAGUCAUGUACACUUUCUCUGCAGCUUUUUACAAACACUUGUUCCAACACAGUUAUUCCAACCUGUCUGGCUCCCUCCUCAUCUCCUCCCUCUCCUGUAGCUCAUUGUCUCAGUGGACAACAACAGUAAUAAGCGAGUGUGGGCAGUGAAACAACUCAUUUCCAAUGUAAAUAUAUUUGAGGCUGAGAUAGAGCAAAUUCCCAGACUACUAUAAAAUUCCAGCCGGACACAUUUUUAGAUCCCAAAAAGAAGACAUGUCUGGGUAAAAGAGGACAUUUGGUCACCCUAGCAUGACCAAAUAUUGAGCAGUAAAACUUGGGUAAACAUGGACUCAUGUCCUUACACUGCAGGUUCAACAUCACAUCUGUGUGGAAAAUCCUGGCUUAACAGAUUUCUCUCUGAUUAAGCAAACAAGACUUUGUCAGCUCUGGAAUUUUAAAUAAAGCAGUCACAACAUAUUACUUGGUGGAUCUCCAUAUCACUGCCCUCAGCUCAGACAUACGCAGUACAGUUUUCUUUAGCCAAAUAAAGAGUUGGUGUUUCUCAGGUUUUGAGUCAGAGUUUUGGGAUCUAAACAGAAAAAAAAAACUUUUUAUCAAAACUAUUGUUUUUUUUGUUUUUUUGUUUUUAAUAGAUAUGCAAAAUUCUACUAUUUUUCAGCAUUGUGGUACUGAAAACAAAUAAAUUACAGCCAGUUAUUUACAUUUACUUUAGCAAAAUACUGCAUUACUGAAAAGUUUGGAAAAAAGGGAAAUAAUCUGAAAAUGUCUUUGUAGAGCUGAGAAAUCACAAUUUGAUCCUUUUUUCGCUUGAUAAAGUUUUGUAAACAAAUGUUUUUAAAAUUAUUUUAUUACAUCUAUACACGUGCUACAGAACUAAACAAGUGAAACAUUAAAGGUGCUGCUGUAACAGAUCAGGGUAAACAUUCCCCUAAUGCAUACUAAGUGUACAGAACAAUGUGUACCUGAUUAUACUCUAAUUGUAAUAAACUGUAACAGUGUAAAUAUUAUUUCUAAGAUGAUGCAACCAUAAUAUAUAAUGGUAUAAUUAAUUUGUCCAACCAUUUAAUGUUCUGCUUAACUUAAUCUGGAACUGAGUGCUGUUGUGUUCAAGCAGAAUUAAAUUUUUAGCAUCAGCUAAAUUUAAUUUUUCAUUUUUCAUUAACAUUAUUCUUUUUUUAUUCUCCAGUUUAAACAGUUAUUUCUUGAGGUACUUUGUUUGAUCAUAUUUUAAAAGCCUCAAAUCUAAAUGAAACUUAAGCCAUGCGCUGUUGUCAUCAGUCAUUUUCACCUUCAAUACCGCAGGCUAGACUUGUGUCAUGAUGUGUUGUGAUAUGCAGUUAAAAUUGUUUAAAGUUCUUGGAGUUCUUUCAGUUACAAUCUCAAUGUUAAUAAAAAUAUGAUUUACUGUGUUUUUAUACACUUAAUUUAUGGCUUUUCGUUUUUAGGUAAGAUUCCUAAACAGCAAUAUUCAUCUGUUAGAAAUUUAAAGUAACUGUGUAACUUCUGAACAAUUCACAGCUUCUGCCCAAAAUUCAUAAUUUCACAGGUUGCCACCCUCACAGUUAUUAUCUUUAAACCAGUGUAUUAAUGACAUCUCUAAAGAAUAGGGUUAAGUCUUAAAUUACAUGCUGCAGAUGCCGACACAAAGGUGCUUUAAGGCUAAACAUAGAAGCCAUAUUAUGGUGGUUCUCCUGUACAUAAAGGAAUGAGUCACGUUUGAGUCCUUGUGUGAUUAUCAUUGUUGCACGAUGGUAAAGUUAUCAGAGGCUGGAUCAUGGUGGUGGUACCAUGUCACAACCUGUUAGGUGUGUCCUCCUAACACCUUUCCUCCUAACAUUCCUGUUAUCCUAAAUUAGGUUUUAAUCUGUUUUUAUUGAAUUGAUUGUGAAGAUGUUGUAAUGCAGCAACAAUUGGUUCAAUACUGCUUCCAAAACAGGUAGAUAAAUAAAAUAUUGUUCAUGGGAGGAGCUGAAUUUCAGCAGUGACUUGAUUAUCCAAGUCGACCACAACUUGCCAUAGUUUUGCAUAUCAUUCAUUUUAUUUUGCAAUUAUUAUGAUUAACUUGAGCUUUUACCUGCUGGAUUAAAAGUUGCCAGCUUUAUUCUACAGCCUGUUUAAUUUUUUUCUGCAGAUUUUUCUUUGUUAUUUCUUUGGAGCUGAUUGUAAUUUCCAGACUUCCCAAUUAUUUACGUAUGUGUGUACAGUAUAUGAGUGGUUUUACUCCAGCAAGCAUGCAUGAGUUAGUUUGUAUUCUAUAAAAUAACUUAACAUGAAGCUUGUUUUCCAGCUGCAGCCGCAGGCUUCCAGCUGAUGGCUGUGCAGUUUGUUCUGAUCCUAGUUAGUCCCACAGUAGCUUAAACUGGAACAAAGAUUAGCUCAUCAGUCUUUUUACUGAGAAGCAUCCAUUAACUUUGUCUUGGAGAUUCACAAUCUCAUGAAUCCAGGGUUUUGUGUUCUCACGUGAUCAUAAUGUGAUGGUGUUUUUCUUGGACUUUCUAAGCUCUCAUAUUUAUAGAACACAUUUGAAUAUAUAACACAAAGGUUUAAAUGAUUAAUCACAUUUCUGUUCUGGUUAAUUUUUUAUGGAUAUCAAAUCACAUGUUAAUAUUCUUUAAUAAAAUAUUUAAAGUAAAGAU